AUGGUCUGUGAUUGUGGUGGCGGCACAGUGGAUUUAACAACUCGUACCCUUUUGCCUGAUAAUCAACUCGGAGAAAUUACUGAGAGGUCAGGCGAUUUAUGCGGGAGCACCUUUGUUGAUAAUGAAUUCUUUCUGUUUCUUAGUCGUCGUUUAGGUUUUAGUGCAAUGCAAAAUUUUAAAGAAAAGCACUAUGGUCAAUAUCAAUACUUGAUUCUAAGCUUCUUUUGUCCUCGAGUCAAGUUCGUUUUCGAAGGUGACGCGACAAAAUUCCAGCCUAUAGAACUUGACAUCGAAAGGAUAUGCCCAGCUUUAAUAGAAUAUGUAGAAGAAGACAUUAAAGAACAAAUGGCGGAUGAAGAAUGGCUCUUAGAGUUCCAAUAUAAGGAUGUUAAGUCGAUGUUUGAUCCUGUUGUGGAACAAAUUAUUCGAUUGAUCCGAAAUCAAUUAACUGCAUCUCAGCAAAAAUGCUCUGCAAUAUUUGUUGUCGGCGGAUUUGCUGAAAGUCCAUAUCUUAUUUCUCGUAUUAAAAAAUCAUUUGGUCGUGAAAUACGAACCAUUACUUUACCUCAACAACCAAUCACUGCUGUUUUGCUCGGAGCUGUUCAAUAUGGUUUAAACAAAAAAGUCAUCAAAACACGUAGAGUUCCAUUGACUUAUGGCAUCGAAGUUUGUCCCCUUUGGAAGGAUGGGAUUGACCCAAAAAAUCGAAAAACUGCCACUGGCCGUAUUCUUAAGUUUGCUGAGAUAGUUCAACGUGGUACCGAAUCGCCACCGGAUCGAAAGUUUUCGGAAGAUUUCAUUCCAAUCUACGAAAAUCAAAAGCUAAUUACAUUUAAAAUUUUUGCCACAAAGGAACGCCAAGCUGAAUAUUGCGAUGAGCUUGGAAUGAAACAAAUUGCCACAUUGACUAUAAGGUUAGGAAAUGAGGAACUUGGAUUAAGACGACCUGUUGAGUUUGGUUUAACGUUUGCUGAAGAAGAAAUACGAGCUACCGCUUGGAACAAAAUUACAGGAGAAACUAUUGAAACGUGUUUUGAGUAUGCUGAAUCUAUUAUUUAG